CAAUGAGUUAAGCUAAAGUCUACUGAUUAUCGCAUUACUUACUACUAUUCACAGCAAAAGUGAUUUGUUGCUUCCUCUAUAAUUUUUUCAAAUCAUCCUAUUUAUACGUAAUUCUUGUCAGUAAUCACACACAAAUUCCACAUUCGGUCAUCAUGUUGAAAAAAAUGUUUAAUGAUGGGCUUUCUUUGGGUUUUCUCUUACUUAGUCUUGUCUUUACAAGUGUUUUUGCUGAAAAUGGGAAUGACUUUUACAUUGUUUUCUUGAGAGAUCAGACUACGAAUGAGAGACAGACACUUGUCGAGACGCAUCUGAAUAUCCUUUCAUCUUUGAAAGGAAGUGAAGAUGCUGCUGCAGAGGCUCUUGCUUAUAGCUACACGAAAAGUUUCAAUGCAUUUGCAGCAAAGCUUUCCGAAGAUGAAGCCACAAAGCUAUCAAGUAUGGAUAAAGUUGCCUCCGUUUUCCGAAACCGAUACCGGGAACUACACACGACAAGAUCAUGGGAUUUCCUCCGACUAACUCAAAAUUCAAAGAGGAAUUUACAAGUUGAGAGCGACAUCAUAGUUGGAAUGAUCGACACAGGCAUUUCGCCCGACUCCAAGAGCUUUAAUGACGACGGUUUCGGCCCUCCACCCAAAAAAUGGAAAGGAAGUUGCCCCAAAGCCGCAAAUUUCUCCGGAUGCAACAACAAACUCAUCGGUGCAAAGUACUACAAGAUAGACAAGCAGCCAGACCCUAGCGACAUCCUGUCGCCAGUGGACGUUGUGGGCCACGGGACCCACACAUCAUCGACUGCGGCAGGGAGCGUGGUCAAGCAAGCUAGCCUUUUCGGAAUUGGCGAGGGCACGGCCCGUGGGGCAGUGCCUGCGGCCCGCGUGGCAGCGUACAAGGUGUGUUGGGCCUCGGGCGCGUGCGCUGACAUGGACUUGCUGGCGGCGUUUGACGAUGCCAUACACGACGGGGUCGAUGUGAUAUCCCUUUCGAUUGGGGGCUUCACGGGACCAUAUAAUGAGGAUGUCAUAUCUAUUGGGGCCUUCCGGGCCUCGAGCAAAGGGAUCCUUACUGUGGCCUCAGCGGGGAACUCUGGGCCGGACCAAGGCUCUGUCACGAACCACGCACCCUGGAUCCUGACAGUGGCGGCCAAUGGCAUCGACCGCCAGUUUAGGAGUAGGGUUGUGUUGGGUGACGGGGCCACGUUGUCGGGAAUUGGAAUUAACCCAAUUGAGCCAAAGCAAGACUUUUAUCCUCUGGCAAGUGGGGCUGAUGUGGCCAGUGACUCUGAUAAUAAGGAAUCUGCGAGGUCAUGUUAUGAAGAUUCAAUGGAUCCUAAGAAGGUGAAAGGGAAGUUCAUAUACUGCUACGAGGGCACUAGUCGGGCGGAUUCUAUCAUCAAAGGUCUCGGGGGCAUUGGCGCCAUAAUUGAGGGUGACAUCUUUUCUGAUACAGGAUUUGUGUACAUGGCUCCAACAACCGUCGUUAAUUCCUCUGUGGGGAAAACAAUUGAGGACUACAUCAAUUCCACAAAAAAACCGUCCGCAGUCGUACACAAAACUGAGGAAUUCAAAAUCCGUGCACCUGUUGUUGCUUCAUUUUCCUCAAGGGGUCCAAACCCUGGAUCCCAACACCUUCUCAAGCCUGAUAUUACGGCCCCAGGGAUCGACAUCCUAGCGGCUUACACUCCUUUGAAGACUAUAACAGGAAAAGAAGGCGACAAACUACACUCCAAAUUCAUCGUUUUAUCUGGCACCUCAAUGUCCUGCCCGCACGUCUCAGGAGCUGCUGCCUAUGUGAAAUCUUUUCACCCCGAUUGGUCACCCGCGGCCAUAAAAUCAGCCCUUUUGACCACAGCGAGACCAAUGAGCUCGAGGGUGGAGAAGGAUGCCGAAUUCGCGUACGGGACAGGCCAAGUUUACCCAACUAGGGCUAUAAACCCUGGGCUGAUCUACGACAUGGAUGACAUGUCGUAUAUUCAAUUUCUCUGCAACGAAAACUAUAGUGGGUCAGCAAUUGGUACCUUAACCGGGCGCGGGACGGUGGAUUGUUCCAAAUUGGUGCCGGCGAGCCCAGAAGAUGCCCUUAACUACCCGACAAUGCAGCUCGCGUUGAAAACCGAUCAAGAGCCGACCGUGGCCGUUUUCCAGAGGACCGUCACGAAUGUGGGCCCUCCAAGCUCGGUUUACAAUGCCACAAUCCUGGCCCCGAAAGGGGUGGUUAUCACCGUGAAGCCCACGAAACUGUCGUUUUCUGGAGCCUUGCAGAAGAAGAGCUUCAAAGUUGUGGUGACGGCGAAGCCGAUGUCGAAUAGGAGGGCUAUUGCAUCGGGUUUUCUCACGUGGGAAAGCGCGAAUAUCCGUGUGAGGAGUCCAAUUGUCGUUUUUAACCCGUUUGCAACUGAAGACGGGAAUUCGGGAAGUGGAGCUGCUGCCUAUGUGAAAUCUUUUCACCCCGAUUGGUCACCCGCGGCCAUAAAAUCAGCCCUUUUGACCACAGCGAGACCAAUGAGCUCGAGGGUGGACAAGGAUGCCGAAUUCGCGUACGGGACAGGCCAAGUUUACCCAACUAGGGUAUAAACCCUGGGCUGAUCUACGACAUGGAUGACAUGUCGUAUAUUCAAUUUCUCUGCAACGAAAACUAUAGUGGGUCAGCAAUUGGUACCUUAACCGGGCGCGGGACGGUGGAUUGUUCCAAAUUGGUGCCGGCGAGCCCAGAAGAUGCCCUCAACUACCCGACAAUGCAGCUCACGUUGAAAACCGAUCAAGAGCCGACCGUGGCCGUUUUCCAGAGGACCGUCACGAAUGUGGGCCCUCCAUGCUCGGUUUACAAUGCCAGAAUCCUGGCCCCGAAAGGGGUUGUUAUCACCGUGAAGCCCACGAAACUGUCGUUUUCUGGGGCCUUGCAGAAGAAGAGCUUCAAAGUUGUGGUGACGGCGAAGCCGAUGUCGAAUAGGAGGGCUAUUGCAUCGGGUUUUCUCACGUGGGAAAGCGCGAAUAUCCGUGUGAGGAGUCCAAUUGUCGUUUUUAACCCGUUUGCAACUGAAGACGGGAAUUCGGGAAGUGGUUAUAAUAAUAUGUAAAUCAGUUAAUGCAUACAGUCUUAAGUAUGUUUACUGUGCUAAGAUAACACUACUAAGUUUAAAUGCAAUAGCUCAUACCAUGUUGGUAAAAUAAAACUUUGCAAUAUGAAUUUCAGUUCUUCCUGCACUUAUAUACAGGGAAAAAUGCAAGUUUGUUACAGCAGUUGUUUCCCAUUAUUUGUAACUUCAAACUUGUUUUUCCAAUUUCGUCCAAUCUAUAUAUAUAUACUUGCUA